AGAACACAGGCACAGUCAGCCAACCCUCCACUGGAGAGCCAGAGAGACUGAGACAGACAGACAAGCUCUCCUGCAUAACUCCAAUCAGACUGAGGAAUACAUAUAUUUAAAUCAAAUCAAAGGGUCAGCAUUACAUUUUUUUCUUUCUUUCUGGUGAGAAGGGGAGCUGGAAGCAGAGAGGUGCAGGAGAAAGGCUGCUGACUGGGUCCAGCUUAUAGAUCCCUUACCUUCAGCAAUGGAAAUGUCCUUGAAGAAAGCCACUUGUUGAGGUGGUCGUCCACACCUGGAUUGCCAAGGAACCUUGUCUUUGUUUGGAGUGUGUGUGUGUGUGUGUGUACAAUCAUGUCGAAGAUUGGUUUCACUCACCUGCUGAAGGGGCUUUGGUUGCUGUGGCUUUGGGAAGUUGCCUUGGUGAUGGGAAGUAAAUUAUGGGAGGUGCCGACAGCACCCUUCACCUCUCCGGUCAACAACACAGCCAAACUUCUGUGGGAGCCACAGUGCCAGGCUCAGCUGAGCCACCUGCAGGACGGAGCCAAAAUCACUGCGCUCAUUCCACCAAAGCUUGAGGGUAGCUGGGUCUCCUCCAGGUGUGAGGUUCGACCCGGUCCGGAGUUCCUCACGCGCUCCUACACCUUCUACCCCAGCCGGCAGUUCAAGGCCCUGCAGUUUUACUACCGGGACGGCGGCUGCCGGGAGCCGGCCUACUCGCUGGUGAUCCGCGGCAGGAUGCGGCUCCGCCAGGCCUCCUGGAUCACGCGCGGCGCCACGGAGGCGGAGCACCACCUGCACAAGGUGGGCGUGGUCUUCCACAGCGUCGCCGCCGCGCGCCGGCUGGCCGCCCGCCUGCCGCCCGUCUGCCAGGGCCGGGCCGGGGCCGGCUGGGUGCCGGGCCGCCUGUACGAGCUGUACAGCUCCAGGGCCGGGGGCUCCAGCUGCCUGGAGGCGCUGGGGUUCUCCAUGAUGGAGCUGAGUCUGCUGAGGGUGGAGACCCAGCACCACCCCCACGGUGGGACGGUGCAGGAGCUCUUCCUGGGAGACGUGCACACCGACUGGAGCCAGAGAGCCCACUACCGCCCCACUGGGUACCAGCGCCCCCUACAGAGCUCUAUGCACCACAUCCACCCCUGCCCGGUGUGUGCGCGGGUGUACCGGUCCUCAGAACAGCGCCCCCCGGUGUUGCCGGCGGUGCCUGCGGUGGGCCUCUCCCUGGGGGGGCGCUGGGCGAGCCAGGGCUGCGAGUCCCGGCCCGCCGUGCUCUUCCUCACCCGCCUCUUCAGCUUCGACGCGGCGCGGCGGGCGUGGGAGGGGCUGUACCAGCACUACUCCGACCCGGCCUGCCGGCAGCCCACCUUCGCCGUGCGCGCGGCGGGGCAGUACGCCCUGGGGGGGCCCUCCCCCCGCGUCCCGGGGGCCGCCCAGCUGGUGUUCCGGGUGACGCGGGCGUGGGUGACGGCGCUGGACCGGCCCACGGCCCGGCUGCUGAACGCCUCGCGGGCCGGGCGCUGCGGGGGGGCGGGGCUCUGGGAGGUGGGGGCGGAGCAGGACGUCACGCCCACGGGCGGCUGCGCGGCGCUGGGGAUCCGGCUGCCGCACAAGGAGUACGAGCUGUUCCGGGCCGGGCUGGACCACCUGCAGCGCCCCCUGCUGUUCACCGGCCAGAGGCCCACCGACGGCUCCAGCCCCGACAGGCCCCACAAGCGCCCCACCUCCUUCCAGGCGCCGCUCGUCCAGUGCACCGCGGAAACCCCGCCCCCGCAGCGGCACGGCCGGCGAGAAGGCCCCGCCUCCGCAGUUGCCGGGUUACGGCGGGAUUACGGCUCGGUUCUGGCGCCGCUGCUCAGCGGCUGGUUCGUCCUGGCAGUGCACUGACCCUGAGCCCUCCGCAGUACUGACCGUAGUGUGACUGACCCUGAGGCCUCCGCAGUACUGACCAUAGUGUGACUGACCCUGAGGCCUCCGCAGUACUGACCAUAGUGUGACUGACCCUGAGGCCUCCGCAGUACUGACUCUGUGACUGACCCUGAGGCCUCUGCAGUCCUGACCGUAGUGUGACUGACCCUGAGGCCUCCGCAGUACUGACCGUAGUGUGACUGACCCUGAGGCCUCCGCAGUACUGACCGUAGUGUGACUGACCCUGAGACUGACGCAGGACUGACUCUGUGACUGACCCUGAGGCCUCCGCAGUACUGACUCUGUGACUGACCCUGAGGCCUCCGCAGUACUGACUCUGUGACUGACCCUGAGCCCUCCGCAGUACUGACCGUAGUGUGACUGAC